AUGCCGCGCGCUCAGUGGCCAGAUCCAGAGUAUCCAAUCGGCGCAUACAUUGAUCGCGAACGUAUCGCAGAACUGCGCAAAGAGUCACUACAUUUUCACAUGUGCAACCCCCAAAACGCUCCCGUCUACUCAAUGUUGAAUCACAAAUUGGAACAACUCAGGCCUACAAAUCCAUUCAAAGAUCCAUAUAUAGCAGCGCUUUUGAUUGCUGUAGCGCAAGAACGAAGGUCUAUUCUCAGGGCAGAAAAACCAGAAGAUUUGUCCACCUUAGCAAUAUACCCGUCGCAAGUUCUAUACUCGUCUGAAUCUAGAGACUACAUUCAUCUUUACAAAGCAGAUAUCCCUUGCUCGUUUCUGGAUAUGCUUGAUUAUCCUAAAAUUGCACCGCCAGAGGUGCCUCGGAUAUUAAUACAGGCUUUCAAGAUUCCUCGCACACCCGCCUCACGAAAGAGAAUUUUUACGAUGAAUUACGAACAAAGAGUAAAUAAUGAGUCCCAGUUUCGACAGAAAGCCAGAGGCAAGCAAACCUUCAGUCAGCUCUAUGAAGACAAAAAAUGGAAGGCCGGAGCCAGCAACUGGGGAACUCCCGAGCUGUUUGCUGCACGAGCAAUUUGUAUGCCAACAAGAAGACUCAUGGAUCCAUUACAGGAGUUUUACUCCAAUAGAUUUGACUACAACAAUGCUCACCCAAGUCUUCGGAUGUUCUAUCUUGGUUGCGGCGAUAUGAAUGACUUAGCCUGGCAAUCCGAGCCAAAAUUGGUCCAGGCAGCUGGCUCUAAUAACCUUGGCGGUAUCUGGGCCGCAUUGGGCACUCUUCUUAGAGGAGAGAAAUUUGCUCUUGGGAACUACGGCCUCAACCAGGGUCCGACCGGUCCAUCUAGGCCAACCCGGCAAGCGGCUAUGCAAGCACGGCGUCCCCAAGAGUCAACGGGAUCGACUCCUCAAUCAGGCUCGGGAUCUAGGUCUCCUUCUGUGUACGCCGCGAGCAGUUCCUCGGAGUCUCUUUUGGGUUACGGGCCAGACAUACCUGGACCCCUUGUUGAAGACGCUACUGUCCGUCUCAUAAGCUCAAUUGUGAGACAUAUUCUCAACUACCAGCAAGAUACAACACAAGCGAGGCUAUUAAGUUGGCGUGAUCAGCGAGUCACUUAUGGCUACAAAGGUGAUUCCCGUACCGUCUCAGCUACAGACGACGGAGGUGUGGAAAUGUGGUCGCCGGGCAACCAGAACUUUCGACAAGUCGCCUUGCUAGAAGCCAAGCGAAGCUUACGCAACGUUGGAGGACAGCCUUUUGUCAGUGACGAAAUCCUGGCUCAAAUGGUGGGCCAAGCAAUUGCACUACAACGGUCGAAUUCAAACUACGUCGCUGCUUGUCAAAAUAGGUCGGUCACAAUUUUGGCAUCGACACAUUUUAUCCGAUUCUAUUUUUUUGACUUCUCGAGCAAUUAUUUCCAGGAUGAUAAGUACGAAAACCAGGCUUUGGAAAACAACGAAUGCCGCAUGCGAAUUUACCCAACCGGCUGGUUGGAUAUCACAAAGGAUAAGCAUCGAGAAGAUAUUAUUCUCCAUGUAGAUGCACUUUUGAGAUGGGCCAGCAACCUUCCAUGA